AUGUUCAAUACUAGGUACAAUCAAGGACCGAUCUAUUCUGGAACGCAUCCUAGGAUUCUCACACCAGACACUCAGCAUGCGACAAUCUUACCUGUUCACAAUUCUCCCAUUGUGGAGUCGUCGAAACUAACGGAUCACUGGAAACAACAGAUUUCUCUGGCGAACCAAUCGAGAGCAUUCAGCUCGCCGCACCAAAGAGCACACAAUGCAGCAGCAUUGUCUCGUGGUGCAGGAAUGGGAUAUGCCGGGUCAUACAGUGGUACAGUUACGCCUGCUGGAGGGGUGUCGAACUCAGCUCCGUUCUCAAAUGGGUCUCCAGGGCCAAAAAUGAACGCGGAUGCGAAUAAAAAUGCUGGUACAGUGUCGGCGCAAAACGACGACGCUAAGAACGCGUCGAAUACAAAAACAAAGUCGGAACGUCAGGACUGGUCAUGUUUAGACAUGGGUGGUGUCGGUCUCCGGAGCCUCAGUGUGGAAUUGUUUCGUUUCACAUUUCUCACUGAAUUAUACAUUAAUCAUAACAACCUGACUCGUCUGCCUCCAGAAAUUGGAAAACUGCGUAGCUUGGUUGUGCUUGAUGCUUCUGAGGGAAACCCUCUGCAGGACUUUUUCAAAAACCAAAUCAUGGAAAAUGGGACUGCUGGUCUUAUCGCUACUCUUCGUGAUGGCUGUCCAGUUUCUGCUCCUCCUUCUGAGCGCAAGUGGGAAAAGCUGGAUUCAGAAGACACUAAUGAUGGCGUUAAUGACUUGCGUUUCACUGUGAUGAGUUACAAUGUUCUUUGUGAACGGUAUGCCACUCCAGUCAUGUACGGUUACACCCCUUCAUGGGCACUUGCAUGGUCCUACCGCAAAGAGCUCAUUAUGCAAGAAAUUGUUGGCUACUCCGCUGACAUUAUCUGUCUACAAGAGGUUGAUGUGGAGAAUUACGACAGCUUCUUCGCUCCGAAAAUGAGUCUAAAGGGUUACAAGGGUGUUCACUAUCCUAAAAGCAGAGUUCGCACUAUGAACGAGGCAGAACGACGGGUUGUGGACGGAUGUGCUACGUUCUUUAAAACUUCAAAAUUUGUCAUGCAUGAUAAGAUUCUUAUAGAGUUUAACCAAGCUCCUUCACUACGUCGACAAGACAUCAAACUCACACCCGAUAUGUACAACCGUGUAAUGACGAAAGACAAUAUCAGUAUUCUCACUAUGCUCGAGUCGAAGGACACGGGCACCAAACUGAUCGUUGCUAAUUGUCACAUUCAUUGGGACCCCCAAUUUCGGGAUGUAAAGCUCAUGCAGGUCGCCAUGCUGAUGGAUGAAUUGGCCCAAGCCGCUUCAGAUUUCCAACGUUCUCCUUCAAAGUUGCCUGACGAUCACUUUGACGGCUCAACGCGCAAAAAACCCUCUUACACACAUUACUCCAAAAUUCCAGUGCUUAUCUGUGGUGAUUUCAAUUCUGUUCCUGGCAGCGGAGUCUUGGAUUUCUUGUCAUCGGGAAUGGUUGAACGUAAGCAUGAGGACUUUAUGGAGCACGAUUAUGGUGAUUAUACGGUAGCAGGUCGGUCACACACUUUCAGUCUUAAAUCUGCGUACAGCGCAAACAACGAUUUGCCUUUUACGAACUUUACUCCCGGGUUUAGCGGUACUAUUGAUUACGUCUGGUACACAAAUAAUUCGCUUGAAGUUACUGGUUUACUUAAAGGUGUUGAUCCUGACUACCUUUCUACUGUUGUUGGCUUCCCUAAUCCCCACUUCCCUAGUGAUCAUAUUUGCUUGCUGGCCGAGUUUAAAGUGAAGAACGAAAAAUCACAUCCCUCCUUUGAUCUUAGCAAUGACAAAAAUUAA